AUGGCCGUCUCUGCCCUCGACUCUCGCAUUUUCCGCAACUUAUUCGGAACACAAGAAAUCCGCGACAUUUUUACGGACGAGGCAUAUGUGCGGUCCCUAAUAGAAGUUGAAGCCGCCCUAUCGCGCGCCGAAGCAACCGUUGGUGUUAUUCCAGCCGAUGCGGGCAAGGCGAUUACCGAUGCUUUUGCAAGCCUUCAGAUUGACUACAAGGGUCUGGCAAUUGAAACUGAUAUCGUGGGAUAUCCUGUUCUUCCAUUGGUUCGGCAAUUGGUCGAAGGGACGGCCGAUGAGAUGGCCAACUAUAUCCAUUGGAGAGCGACGACACAAGAUAUCCAAGAUAAUGCCUCCAUGCUUCAGAUCAAACGAGGACUCGUUUUGGUGAAGAGAGAGCUUGAGAAUCUGAAGGAAGUUCUUAAGGGUCUUGCAAGCACGCAUCGUGACACUCCAAUGGCAGGGCGAACACAUCUACAGCACGCUCUUCCUUGCACGUUCGGAUACAAAUGCGCCGUAUACCGCUCCAGCAUCCUCCGACACCUCGAGCGCAUCGAGGAGAUCGAGCAACGGUGUUUGCUUGUCCAGUUCGGAGGUGCCGCGGGCACGAUCGCUUCAUUGGGCCGGGAUGAUACCGGUCUUCGGACUCGCAAGCAGCUUGCAGCAGAGCUUGGGCUUAAGGAUCCUCAUAUCACCUGGCAUGUUGCGCGCGAUAACAUCGCGGAGACCCUCAACUUCCUCGCUCUAGUGGGUGGCACAUUGGGCAAGAUUGCAUUGGACGUGAUGAUCAUGUCCUCGAAUGAGUUCGACGAGGUCUCGGAGCCAUUCGUGCCUCACAGAGGUGCUUCGUCCACAAUGCCACAGAAGCGUAAUCCGUUCUCCAGUGAGGUCAUUUUGGCUGCGUCCAAGAUGCUGUGCGCCAAUGCGUCGCUGGGGCUAGAUGCGAUGGUCACGGACUUCGAACGCGCAUCUGGACCGUGGCAUUUGGAAUGGGUGGCUAUUCCUGACGCUUUCGUGGCUGCAGCCGGUGCUCUGCAUCAGACGAAUUUCGCUCUCGGGCGGUUGGCGGUGAAGGUGGACUCGAUGAAACGCAAUCUGUAUUCCACCAAGGGAUUGAUUGUGGGUGAGGCUGUUAUGAUGGGACUGGCACCACAUUUGGGACGACAGGGCGCUCAUGAUCUGGUCUAUGAAGCUUGCAAGUCUGCCAUCGAUAAAAACAAAACUUUGCUUGAAGUUCUCGAGAGAUUGCCUUCGUUAGUUGGAAUUGCAACGGGGGGCAGCUGGCUGCUUCCUGUGACCCGUUGGAAUAUAUGGGAGCUAGCCAGUUGA